AUGACGGGCAUCUCGACGCAGGAUGGUCAGGCUGAGCUCCCGUCGCCGAACAGCACGCGUUCCUACUGGCUCCGUCACCCGUCGGAGAAGCUGCUGGGCCACCGCACGACGGAGAAGCUGCCGCUGACGGCAGACGUUGUCGUUGUAGGGAGCGGCAUCACAGGCGCCUUUGCCGCGAGGGAGCUGGUGGCCGGCGGCCGAUCUGUCCUGAUGUUGGAGGCGAGGGAGGCGUGCUGGGGAGCCACAGGGAGGAACGGCGGCCACUGUCAGCCUGGCGUGUGGAACACGAGCCCGAGCAUCGCCCGCUUCGAGCUCGCGACCUUCCACCUCAUCAGGGACCUCGUCGCCGAACAUGACAUCGCCUGCGACUGGCAAAUCGUCGGCGGCGUGCACGCAUUCUUCAACCAGCAGCUCCUCGAUGCAGCCAAAGCGCGAAUUGAGCGCCUCAAGCGACAUCCGGACCUGCGGGACAAGGCAGCGCUUGUCGUCGACAGGCGUGACCUCGCCGACAGGCUCCGCGUUCCCGAAGCCCUGGGGGCCGUCUUCCAGCCCAACGCGGCCAAGUGCUGGCCGUACAAGCUUGUCGCCUGGGUGCUGGAGCGGCUACUGGACGACGAUGGCGGCCAGCUCGCCUUUAACCUGCAGACCAACACGCCAGUGACGCAUCUACAGAAAGUGGGCGCCUCAUGGAUAGUGCACACGCCGCGGGGUCAGCUCGCCGCACGCCAAGUCCUCCUUGCGAGCAACGGCUACACGUCGUUCCUACUGCCGAGGAUGACAGGCCUCAUCGUGCCGGUCAGGGGCCAAAUCUGCGCGCUGCGGCCGCCGCAAGGGGCGGAACUUCUCCCGCACAGCCACGUAUGGCUCGCCAGUGGCUCCGAUCACUACCUUGUUGACCGUGGCGACAAGGGGGUUCACGGGGAUGCGGAUUUGAACUACGGACCACUCAUCCUUGGAGGUGCGCGAUUCGCUGCGCCGGGCGGUGAGGAGGGCGUCUCGCGGGACGACUCCAUCAACCCACGCAUCAGCAGGGCACUCCGCCGAGGCCUCCACCACGCCGUCAAGCUGCUACCGGGAGCUGGGUCGGAUCCGGAGGAGCUCGAGGCAUCGUCCGAGUGGACCGGCAUCAUGGGCUACUCGAGGGACAACCAGCCGUGGGUCGGCCGAGUGCCCUGCUCCCUCAGCGGCGCCGAGGACGGUGACGACGGGCUCUGGAUCAGUGCGGGAUACACUGGUCACGGGAUGCCAAGGGCGGCGAGGUGCGGAAUUGCGGUGGCGGAACAGAUGAUGGGUAAGGAAGGGGGUGUGGAGGUGCCCAUCGAAUGGCUCGUGACCGACGAGAGAGCAGAGGAAGCGAGGACGAUGGCGUUGCCGAGAACAGUGGAGGAUGGAAUUGCUAGGAUUCCACUUUGA